CUGCCUGGGGAGCGCCCUCGGCCGGGCGGGAGGGCCCGGCACAGGGCCGGGAGCGGCGGAGGGGCGGCAGCGGGACAGCGGGGAACCGGGACAGAGGGGAACCGGGACGGGGGGACAGCGGGACGCGGGCGGGCAGCGCCGGGACAGCGGGGCCGGGGCGGCGGGACGCGGGCGGGCGGUGUGUGCCGGGUCACGGCGGCGACAGCCCAAAGCAAUCGAGGCCGGAGCAUGCGGCGUCGCCUGGUGCACCUGGACCUGAAGGGCGCCGCGCCCCGCGCGCCGUACCUGGAACAGGUGCUGCCGCUGUUCCGUGCCCUGGGUGCCACCGGGCUGCUGCUGGAAUAUGAGGACACCUUCCCAUACACGGGGCCUCUGGAGCCGCUGCGGGCUCCGCACGCCUACAGCCCCGCGGAGCUGCGGGCUGUGCUGAGCCGGGCGCGGGAGCAGGGUCUGGACGUGGUGCCGCUGGUGCAGAGCUUCGGGCACAUGGAGUUUGUGCUGAAGCACAGGGAGUUCUCCCACCUGCGGGAGGUGCCGGCGCUGCCCAACGCCCUGAACCCGCACAAGGAGGAGUCUCUGGCGCUGGUCAAGGCCAUGAUUGACCAGGUCAUGGCCCUGCACGAGGGCCUGGAAUGGCUCCACAUCGGAUGUGAUGAGGUCUACUACCUCGGGGAGGGAGAGGAGUCCAAGCAGUGGCUGCAGCAGCCACACAACACCCCAGAGAAGCUGUGCCUGGCCCACAUAAAGGCAGUUGCCAGUUGUGUGGCCUCAUCUUACCCCAGGGUGACUCCCAUCGUGUGGGACGACAUGCUCAGGGGCAUGAGUGAGGAAACACUGGCAGAGUCGGGGGUCCCCCAGCUGGUGCAGCUCAUGAUCUGGGACUACGCUGCCGACCUGCACGUGGAGGGCAAAGUGCAGCUCAUAGAGAAGUAUCGGAGAUGUGGCUUCUCCAAGGUGUGGUUUGCAAGUGCCUUUAAAGGAGCCACAGGAGCGAAUCAGUCCCUCACACUGAUUGGGCACCACCUGAAGAACCAGCUGGAGUGGCUGGAAGUGGCCAGCAGGACCCCCCCUGAUGUCCUGGAAGGUAUCGCCCUGACGGGCUGGCAGAGGUAUGAUCACUUCUCUGUUCUGUGUGAGCUUCUCCCAGUGGCAAUUCCAUCCCUGGCUGUGUGUCUGCAGGCACUACAGAAUGGUGGCUACUCUGAAAAGGUUAAAGAAAACGUGGAGAAGCUCCUGGGAAUGUCUAACCUGGAAAUUGAUACUUACAUGAGCACGAGUGUGGGGACCUUCCCUGGGAGCAACAUCCUCACCCUUGUGACAGAAGUGAGUUUCUACCUCAAGUCAUCAGUGGAUGAACUUCUGGAAAGGAACAGGUAUGUCACAGGCUGGUUCAGCCCCUACCACAGGAAAAGGAAGAUUAUUCACCCUGUAAUAAUGCACCUCUUCCAGCCAGAUGCAGUCAGCCUCCUCUCCAAGUGGAAUGCUGUGGUGCAGGACCUCCAAGCAGCCAUGGAGCAAGUUUUCCACCCGUGUGCCAUAGAGGAGUGGAUGGAGGAGAACGUCCACCCCAGCCUACAGAAGCUGCAGCAAGUGGUGGAUGAUUUAGAUGAAGCAAUAAAAGCACAAAAUUAGGGGCACUUCAAUUAGUCUGUCUCAUUCCAUGGGAAAACAUGGCUAGUGAAAACCAGCAACUAGUCAUGGAGCUGGGGUUUGUCAUCUGGAGAGCUGAACUGUGAUUAAACAACAGUGACCUGAGGGCAAGAAGGAAUUUAUUGGUGUAAUAGA